AUGAGGGACCCUACAGCAGAAAUGGAACCAUCUACUCAACCCUUCGCCACAAAUGGGUCAUCUGAACCCCGUCGCAAUAAAUCAGUCCGAGUUGCAUUCGGUCCGGACCUGGAAACGACUAUUCCCACCCGCGAGCGAUCACCAGCACCAAUAUCUAGCCACCAUCGCUCUUUCACCACCGUAGAACAGCGGCAGCCAUCAAUCACACCCCCUGUUCGACCCCUAAGCUCAGCCGGCGAUAAUGCGGUCAUAGCACCGGAUGAGCCGCCGCGGCGGCCGUCUCCUCGCAGAUCAGAAAGCAGUCGACCUGCGAUGUUAAAGCGGGCAAAAAGCGAUUAUGGCCCAAGUCGGGUUACAUUUGACAAGCCAGCCGGGGAGGACGAGGAAGAUUUCGCCAUGCGACACGGAUGGCAGGAGGAAUACACUUCCAGCGAAUAUCUCAAGAUUUUGCACUCGAAUUUCUACAUGUAUUUCACCGAGAAACGCCACGAGACCAAUGGCAUCCCCCGAGACCCCGUGGGGAGUUGGCCGAGUCAAGAUUGGAGGAUGAAGGACCGACUGAAGACCGUAUCAGCCGCAUUGGCUAUUUGCUUGAACAUCGGUGUCGAUCCUCCCGAUGUGGUGAAAACAAACCCGACCUCGAAGCUCGAAUGCUGGGUAGAUCCUACGUCAACCACGGGUGGCGGUCAAAAUAAGAUCAUGGAACAAAUUGGCAAGAAGUUGCAAGAGCAAUACGAGACGCUGAGCCUUCGAACAAGAUAUAAGCAGUAUCUGGACCCAUCCGUGGAUGAGACUAAGAAGUUCUGUAUCUCUCUACGUCGGAAUGCCAAGGAUGAGCGGGUCCUCCUGCAUUACAACGGCCAUGGAGUUCCUUUGCCGACCCAGUCAGGUGAGAUCUGGGUUUUCAACAAGAAUUAUACUCAGUAUAUCCCCGUGCCUCUGUACGACCUGCAGUCCUGGCUGGCUGGGCCUAGUCUUUUCGUCUUUGAUGUGUCGCAUGCGGGAAAUAUUGUCCAAAAUUUCCAUACUUUUGUGGAGAAGCAUGAGAAAGAGAACAUCGAAGCGAAAAAGCGAGAUCCUAACGCCGUUGUCCAGAACUAUGGCGAUUGCAUUCUGCUCGCGGCAUGCCAGAAGAACGAGUCUCUUCCGACCAAUCCAGACCUUCCAGCCGAUCUUUUCACCUGCUGUUUGACAACCCCGAUUGAAAUCGCGCUGCGUUUCUUCAUUCUGCAGAAUCCUCUGCGGACAGACAUUUCCAUUGAUGAUUUCAGAGUUCCCGGUCGCCUUCAGGACCGGCGUAGUCCUCUUGGUGAAUUGAACUGGAUCUUCACCGCGAUCACCGACACAAUUGCGUGGAAUACGCUUCCUCGUGCAUUGUUCAAGAAACUUUUCCGGCAAGAUCUCAUGGUCGCAGCAUUGUUCCGGAACUUCCUUCUGAGCGAACGCAUCAUGCGUACGUAUAAAUGUAACCCGAUCUCCUCACCCGAACUCCCUGAGACCCAUCAUCAUCCCCUUUGGAAGAGUUGGGACCUUGCCGUGGAGAUGGUCCUAGCGCAGCUGCCCGCUUUGAUUGAUCAAGAAGAGGGCCGCCGCCAAUACGAGUAUCAGCACUCCACAUUCUUUGCUGAGCAACUGACUGCGUUUGAGGUCUAUCUUUCAUCUGGACCUACGGAGAAAACGCCUCCUGAUCAACUCCCCAUUGUGCUACAAGUCCUUCUUAGUCAAGCACAUCGUCUGCGUGCAUUGAUCUUGCUUAGCAAGUUCUUGGACUUAGGGCCGUGGGCGGUACACCUUGCCCUUAGCAUUGGUAUAUUCCCUUACGUUGUCAAACUGCUGCAGUCAGCUGCCCAGGAAUUGAAGCCAGUCAUGGUUUUCAUCUGGGCAAGAAUCAUGGCUGUUGAUCACACCGUCCAGAACGACCUUCUCAAGGACAAUGGAAUUCACUAUUUCAUCUCCAUCUUGAACCCUGCUUCACCCAUUCCUGUUGGAAAUGCCAGUGAACAUCGAGCUAUGUGUGCAUUUAUUGUUUCCAUCUUCUGCAAGAACUACCCGCAAGGCCAGAACGUAUGUCUGUCUGGUGAAUUAUUUGACUCGUGUUUGAGACAUCUCGGCGAUGUUGAGAACCCCCUGCUGCGGCAAUGGUCUUGUCUGUGCCUGAGUAUGCUUUGGUGCGACUUCCCGGAAGCCAAAUGGAUGGGAAUUCGGUGCGCCGCCCCAGCACGACUCUGCGAGCUGAACUUUGAUCCAGUCCCAGAGGUCCGCGCCGCGAUGUUGCACGCGGUCACCACUUUCAUUGGGAUUCCGGAUUUGACAGACCAAGUUGCCCAAAUUGAAGAGUCACUGGCCCUGGCAGUCUUGCCUAUGGCUGCUGAUGGCAGUGUUAUCGUCAGAAAAGAGCUACUGGUGUUUUUCUCUACCUUUGUCAAGCGUCAUCAAAACAAGUUCUUAGUGGCAGCAUAUGAGGAGCUUCAAAAUGAGAAGCGGUCUCUCCAGCGUCGUCUACAGGAUUCAUCUCCGGCCACUCAAGCAGAAUUUCAGAAGACAUCUUCGGAAUUUGAUGCUAAGAUACCCCAGCUCUCUCGCAACACCACUUUCGGCACUCUCUGGAAACAAAUUUUAAUUAUAUCUGUCGAUCCGCACCCUGAAAUUGCCCAAGGUGCUGGUGUAAUUGUCGAUUAUAUUCACCUUAUUCUUCUGGAGUCACCCAUGGCGGCUCUCGCUGACAAAAUCAGAAUCGAGAUCUUGGACCUCACCUACCGUUUGUCGCAAAAGCUUCAGGUAGCCGAACGUUCAGAGGCAAAGAAGACAGCCCCUCCCUCUACGCCGCCGUCCGCCAACACAAACCUUUCUAAACAGGAAGGUUAUUUAUCACUGGGUUUCAAGCGUACAGCAAGCUACGCUGCCUCCCUGAGGAACCUCGCAUUUGGCUCGGGAUCUGGAGAUCCAUCAUCCGAAAGUAAGCCGUAUGCCCAUGACCCCCGUGGCCGUGCUCCACCUGAGUGGACCCGACCUCCUGAGGUGAAUGACCAUGUCGCUCCUGCCACCGCUUAUCACCAAGCCCCUACACCCACAUCGCGCGGCUUUCAAUCUAUAGGUUCAGAGGGGCUUCCUGUUAUUCCCCUUAAAAGUAGAUUCCUGGACUGGUCAACAGAGUAUUUCCGGGAACCCCAGAUGAAACCCAACGAGCCCGACGAGCCUGGAAGCUCCGAUUACAAUGAGCGGCUCUGGAGGCGUGGUCGCAACGAGAAAAUUAUUGCGGAAACCCAGCCUCUCAAAGGAAAGGCAGGUACCAGUCGAUGGGAUAAUUCGGUUGCACUGUUAUCAAAUAGCAGUCAACCUUCGAGGAUGUGCUUUCAUCAAUUUGAGGAUCACAUCGCUGUGGCAGACGAUCGGGACACCAUUGCUAUCUGGGAUUGGCAGAGUCACAAGCGUCUUAACCAGUUCUCAAAUGGAAACCCAGUCGGAUCCAAAAUCAACGAAGUUCGAUAUAUCAAUGAAGAUGAUCAGGCCCUUCUGUUGACAGGUUCUUCGGAUGGUGUGCUCAAGCUGUUCCGCAAUUACGAGUCUGCCAGGGGUAUCGAGGUCGUAACGGCAUUCCGAGCGCUGCCUGACUUAAUACCAAGCAAUCGCAACGCAGGCCUUGUACUUGACUGGCAACAAGGGCAGGGAAAGGCCUUGGUGGCAGGUGAUGUCAAGGUGAUUCGAGUCUGGAAUGCAGCUACCGAAGUCUGCACUAAUGAUAUUCCUGCACGAUCCGGGUCCUGCAUCACAUCCUUGACUUCAGACCAAGUGGCUGGCAACAUCUUUGUUGCUGGAUUUGGUGAUGGCGCUGUUCGUGUAUUUGACCAGCGAUUGAAGCCCACUACAUCUAUGGUCAAAGUUUGGCGUGAGCACAAGCAAUGGAUCACCAAUGUCCACAUGCAGCGUGGUGGCUUCCGAGAGCUCAUCUCUGGUAGUCGUAAUGGUGAGAUCCGCCUGUGGGAUCUCCGUAUGAACGAUGCGCUUUCCACUAUUUAUGCCACCAAGGAUACUCUCCGUACCUUGAGCGUCCAUGAGCACGCUCCUGUCUUCAGCAUGGGUACAAACCGUCAUGAGGUGAAGACGUUUAAUGUCGAUGGUACAUAUCUUUCCACCUUCGAACCGUAUUCCAGUUUCCUCCAUCACAACCGCGCCUCACCCAUUGCCACCACUGCAUUCCACCCGCAUCGCACUAUGCUCGCCUGCGCAGCACUGAAUGACAACCACAUCAAUCUUGUUUCUUGUUAG